GAUCUAAGAUCGACUUCUUCGUUUGUGGCCACGAGGUUUUGUGUGGUGAAAAUUGAGUUUACCGGGUGGAAAAGCACCUCUAUUUUUGUAUUUAUACAAAAAUGCCCUCCAGCAAUCCUCUGCCACCCAAAGAAAAUGCCUUGUUUAAGCGAAUCUUGAGGUGUUACGAGCACAAACAAUACAAAAAUGGCUUGAAGUUUGCCAAGCAAAUUCUCUCAAAUCCAAAGUUCUGCGAACAUGGAGAGACCUUAGCGAUGAAAGGUCUCACGCUGAACUGCUUGGGCCGCAAGGAAGAAGCUUAUGAUUAUGUUCGACGUGGACUCAGAAAUGAUCUGCAGUCCCAUGUGUGCUGGCACGUCUACGGGCUUCUGCAGAGAUCUGACAAAAAGUACGAUGAAGCCAUCAAAUGUUACCGUAAUGCUCUCAAGUGGGAUAAGGAUAAUAUUCAGAUUCUCAGGGAUCUGUCACUACUGCAAAUUCAAAUGCGUGAUUUGGAGGGUUACAAGGACACAAGAUAUCAAUUGUUUAUGCUACGACCAACACAGAGAGCAUCUUGGAUUGGAUUUGCCAUAUCCUACCAUCUCUUGAAAGAUUAUGAAAUGGCCUUAAAAAUCUUGGAUACUUUUAGGAACUCUCCAAUGAUUUGCUACGAUUACGAACACAGUGAAUUGUUACUUUAUCAAAAUCUGGUCAUUCAAGAAUCAGGGGACAGUGAACAAGCUUUAAAACAUCUUGACAAACACGUCGAGCAAAUUUGCGACAAGAUUACUGUCAAAGAAACAUAUGGUAAACUAAGACUCGAAUUAGGACAAUAUGCAGAAGCAGAACAAGUAUAUCAGGAUCUUUUACACAUCAAUCCUGAAAAUACAUCGUAUUACAUGAGAUUGGCAGAGGCUCAAAGACAUACGAAGCCUGAAGAAACAUUGAAGAUGCUUGAGCACUAUGAAGGUGUCUAUCCUAGAGCAUUAGCUCCUCGGCGGUUGCAACUGAAUUAUGCUUCUGGUGAAAAAUUCAAAGAAUUGGUUGAUCGUUACUUAAGAAAAGGACUUCAUAAAGGGGUGCCGCCAUUGUUUAACGAUGUACGUUCUUUGUACACUGAUCAGAGCAAAGUUGACACCAUACAGUCAUUAGUUCUACAAUACAAAGAAGCACUAAAAGCACAUGGCCAUUUUAGUGACGAGGACAAAGAUAAGCCCCGUGAGCCAGCGUCGGCUCUUUUAUGGAAUUAUUAUUACCUUGCUCAACACUUUGACUUCCUAGGACAGACACAAAAAGCGCUUGAUGAAAUUGAUGCUGCCAUAUACCAUACACCCACCCUCAUUGAACUUUUUGUUACCAAAGGACGAAUUUACAAACAUGCUGGAGAUGUUCAAGAGGCAUACAAAUGGUUAGAUGAAGCACAAGGCCUGGACACUGCCGAUCGUUACAUUAAUUCCAAAUGUGCCAAGUAUAUGCUUCGUGCAAAUAUGGUGAAAGAAGCAGAAGAGACUUGUGGAAAAUUCACAAGAGAAGGAGUCUUGGCCAUGGAAAAUCUUAAUGAGAUGCAGUGCAUGUGGAUUCAGACCGAAGCUGCAAACGCAUACACACGCCUAGGAAAGUAUGGCGAGGCAUUAAAGAAAUGCCAUGAAGUUGACAGGCACUUUUCCGAAAUCAUCGAGGACCAAUUCGAUUUUCAUACUUACUGCAUGCGCAAAAUGACUCUACGUUCCUACGUCGGUCUUCUGAGGUUAGAAGAUGUGCUGCGGUCUCAUCCAUUUUACUUCAAAGCAGCAAAAUGUGCAAUAGAAGUUUAUCUGCGGUUACACGAUUACCCGUUACCGGAUCCCACGCAAACACAAGAGAUCGACACUGAAAACUUGGCACCGUCCGAGUUGAAGAAGCUGAGAAACAAGCAGAGGAAACAGCGGAGGAAGGCCGAACUUGAGAGGCAGCAGGCGGCUCAGGCUCAGGAGAAGAGGGAACAGCACAAUAAGUCGCGACAGCAGACCGAUCCUGAUCUGGAACAGCCCACGCUGGACGAGCUCAUUCCAGAGAAGCUGGAGAGGGCCGAGGAUCCUUUGGAGCAAGCGAUCAAGUUCCUUCUUCCUUUGCAAGAGCUGGCUGCCAACAAGAUUGAGACUCAUCUCAUGGCUUUCGAAAUCUACAUACGCAAGGGUCGAACCCUUCUGAUGCUGCGGUCGAUAAACCGCGCCCACCGCCUGGAGCCCAACAACCCGGAUCUGCAUAGCUGCCUGGUGCGCUUCCUGCGCCACACGAGCAACUCGAAUCUCGACGGCGUCGUCGCCGAGGUGGUCAAGCGCCAGUGCAGCGGCAUCUUCGCCGGCUCGAGCGCCAGCCAACUCAACGCCGAGUACCUCAAGAAGAACUCGAACUCGCUGGCGCAUCUCCUCCAGGGCGCCCGCAUGCUUUACCUUCUCGACCCCACAUCCCAGCAGCGGGCCAUCAGUCUGACCACCAACCUCGAUCCCAGCCUCGAGGGCGUGAACCUCGAGAACUGCACGAGGGUCCUCGAGGCUCUGCGCAACGGCGACUUCGGCCUCUGUGAGCAGGCGAUAGCCGAUUACACGGUCAAAUGCCACGAGCGCUUCCCCUACGCGACGGCUUUCCGCCCGCCAGAGGCCAACCCGGCUCAGCAAUCCCAGCUCAUCAACCACCAGGACGCCAAGGAGCCCCAGCAGCAGCAGCCCGCCUCGAACAAGUACUGAUCCAGGCAGGGCGAAUCCUGCUCCAGCUCCUGCUACUGCCUCAUCAGCGGUGUGCGAUGCAGCUAAGCGAGACAGACACGCGUCAGACGGAAUGAGUGAUAGAGAGAAAGAGUUAACGACGGGGGCGGGGAGAGAAAGAGGGACUUCUGGCUCUUCAAUAUAGCGGAUUCAUAAGCUCAAUAGACAGAAAACUAAUAUCAUAACAAACUCACACACGCUUCAUAUACGAUUGGUAUUUCCGGAUGGACUCACUGACAACGACAGCGGGGAGGAUAAGCUGGCUUGGCGAGAAUGGUAUACGGCAUGCGACAUACACGCGCGAUUUAUAUGUUAUGAUGAUUAUGAAAGUAAAUGUAAUAAGGCACGAACGACGUCUGCGUCACGUGCGCAAUCGUACUAUCCCGCGUGCCGUUACGAGAGAGGGACUCGACGUAUGAAUAUUUCACUGAAAGAUUGAGUUAAUUAAAAAAAAAAGAAUUGACGAGAAAAACAUGUAAUAUAAUUCGCGCGACCCGCUUCGAUGCCGGUCGCCGGUAAACGAAAUAGGAAAAAUGGUGUGUGCCGGGUUUAUGAAAGAAAAAAUUAAUAAUAUUGAUAAAAUAAUAAUAACAGUAUCGAUGACGUAAGAAGCGCGCGAUUAUUCUUAAUAAAUUGAUGCCGGCUUCGCCGAUUGCUCGGCGUGGCUUAGACGAGUUUUAACGGACAGGUGGAUGGAAGGCGCAGUUAAGAGCAAACUCAGUGUUUAGCUAAGAUAAACGAUGAUAUAUUGAUGUCACAAAGAGAUGAAAUCAUAAACAUACUGCAUGAUGAUGAUGAGUCGAGUUGUUUUUGUUGGCUCUCCUUCUGCGCAAGUGGAACGGGAGGCCGCAGAUGGAUGCUCGCGUAUAAGAGGGCUUCGUAUGAAAAGAGGACGAAGUAUAAAGUGGCAGGACAGAAGGCCGGUGGGGUUUAAGUGUACAGGGUGCGUUAUGUAUAAAUUAAGGAUGCGUAGAAGAUGAACGUUAUUAACGGUACAAACGGAACCCAAGACUUGUAUACAAUUCGCAAAACAUGCGCUCCGUGAUAAACACAAUUAAACGCUUUUACUCCGCGUUCAAAGUACACUGCAGCCGCAACGUUUACAUACCAAGUACCGUGUUCUAUCGUAGUCGAAAUUACCUUUAAUGUUGGACUUUUUUCACUUUUUCUUGUCUUCUUGCGGAUCGCUCUUUUGCCAAGCUAUGCGGGUGUUACCUUUUUGUACAUUUUGUCUCAUACUCAUGUGCUGCGAUGUAAUGACACUAUUAAUUUAAAAAAUUUAAUUUUUUCACGAACGAAAUUCUCUCCGAUUACGGAAAACAAAAUAUCUUUUGAUUAUUCAUAAUAAUUUAUUGUUUCAACAAUUUGUAAAUGAUUGAAAAUUCAUUUCGCGAUGAAGUUUCAAAUAAGUGUUUUCUUCUGCUCUUGAAAUCGUUCAAUUUUUAAUUCGAUAAUCUUAUGAUGUGAUCAUACGCAACAAUGAAUUUUCAGCUUAUUACAUGCUUUACGUUGAUAUUUUUAAACAGAAAAUAAGUCGAAAUUAAUUAAAACAUCAUGAAUAAAAGAAAGUCUGAUUUGUAGAUAGAAUAGGGUACUGAUUAUUCUUCUGUCUUAUAAUACUUACAAUACGGGGCUCUAUCAAGAUUUUCUUUGAAUCUAGUAUAAGCUGUCUGCGUAUAGUGCAUACGCAUAGAACCAAACAUGUUCUUCAUAAUUGGUUAUUACAGAAAUACAAUGAACUAUCUGUAAACCAAAUAAGUACGGAAAUUUUAAUAAAAAGUAAGAUUAUCGACAUUUUGAUUCAAAUCUAAUAUUCCCAUGACCUUUAAACAACGACUAUCGGUUCUUAACACUUGUAAAAUACAAAAUUAUACAUACAAAGAAAUUGUUGUUUUGUGGCUAAUAAAAAAUUAUACAAGACAUGAAAUUCAACGUUUAGUAAAACUACUGUCAAUCGAUAUGAAUAUUAAGUAAUAAUACGUGAACUGACAUAUAAAAUUAGCUCACCUUAUAUUUGUCUUUCAUGUGACUCAAGACUCAGUAUUAUAUCCUAAACUUUUGUACAGCAUAAAUAAUCACGAGUCUGAGUAACUUUAUAAUGAAUAUUUCAUAAUAGUCAAUUUCAUUUGAAAUCUUUGUACAGUGAGAAAGUGACUUUUUAUAACUGUCUUGCUCAAGUAGAAAAGUAUAUGUAUUGAUAUCUCUAAUAUUUUUCAGCAAAUGCUAAUUUUAUGAGUUUAUUAUAAUUCAAUAAUUAACUGGAGUUGUAUUAUAAAAAGAUAAAAAAAUCAUUAAAAACACGUGUCAUUAAUUUGUAAGAUCUUUAUUUGAAAAUGCACUUACAACUUUUUUAUAAUUUGUAAAUUUUUCAACAUAAUUAGCCACAGCUUGGAAACUUUACAAAAAAACGCGAGUCGCAAUAGACAAAAAAAGAUUUACAGCAUCUUAUCACAAUGCAGAUAUUCUGUCAGAUGCUUCUCUACAUUUACAUGCUUCAAAAUAUACAAGACUUUAUUUGUAUUUAUUGCACGAACAGCUUAAUCGCUAUAUCCCAAAUAAUUACUUCACUUGUACAGACGCGUUUAAUAAACUGUAUCAAAACUUA